UUUUUUUUUGUUUUAAUUGCUAAAAUGUAGAUUGAAGGCCGACCUGAUCGGGAAUUCACUUGAUUUUCAUUUUACUUAUUUCUGUAUUUAAUUGUUUUUAAUUGGAUAUUUAUGUGAUUAGAGAUAGAUCAUAUCUAUAAUUUGGGGAACUCUAAUUGAAAGAGUUAUCUUUUCAGUGAAGAGGCUUUAGGCAUGUGGAAAUCUGAGUGAAGCUGAUAUCUAUUUGCUUGUAAAUCCAUCGAUCUCAUUUAAGCCAAAUGAUGAUGGAAUCUGAAGCAGAAAUUAAGGGAAAGACCUUGAAGAACAUGGGCAGUCAGGUCUGCCAGAUCUGUGGUGAUAACUUGGGGUCAACUGUUGAUGGUGAGCCAUUUGUUGCUUGUGAUGUCUGUGCAUUUCCAGUUUGCAGGCCUUGCUAUGAAUAUGAGAGGAAGGAUGGAAAUCAGUCCUGCCCUCAGUGCAAAACCAGAUAUAAGAGACACAAAGGAAGUCUUGCUAUAAGUAGUGAUGGAAAGGAUGAUGGUGCCAGUGAUCUUCAUUACUUUGAAACACAAAAUGAGAAGCAAAAUGUUUCGGAGCGUAUGUUGAGCUGGCACAUGAAUUAUGGACGGGGAGAAGAUACUGGGGCACCAAACUAUGACAAAGAGGUCUUCCACAAUCACAUUCCUUUGCUUACAAGCGGAACAGACGUUUCUGGAGAACUGUCUGCUGCGUCACCUGGACGCCUUUCAAUGUCAUCUCCUCCACCUGAGGGUGGUGGUAAAUCUAUGGCUGUGGAUCCAGUGAGGGAAUUUGGAUCCCCAGGAUUGGGCAAUGUUGCCUGGAAAGAGAGAGUUGAUGGCUGGAAGAUGAAGCAGGAAAAAAAUGUUGUUCCAAUGACAACCAGCCACCCCCCUUCGGAAAGGGGAGCUGGAGAUAUUGAUGCCAGCACAGAUAUUCUUGUGGAUGACUCUUUGCUGAAUGAUGAAGCUUGACAGCCCCUUUCAAGGAAGGUUUCUGUGCCAUCAUCCAGGAUAAACCCUUACAGGAUGGUUAUUAUGUUACGGCUUGUUAUUAUCUGCAUUUUCUUACACUACCG